AUGUUGACACAUGACUACAAAGAAGCCUCGGCCAUCGCUCGUAAGAGGAGGGCAGCCAAUAUUGCAGCCUUUUACAAACCUCCCACCUGGAAUGAAGCAGACCUCCCUCAAAACUUAGCCGAAUUUGCUCUCAGGUCAGGCUACUACACAUCAGACGAGCUUGCCAUAAUCCAAUCUGAGGCAGAUGUUAUUCUCGACAGGAUUAAAACCAAAGCAUGGACUUCUCUAGAGGUUGCAAAGGCCUUCUGCAAGGCGUCAGCCCUGGCCCAAGAAUUGACCAAUUGUGUGACCGAAGUUCUUUAUCCGGAAGCAAUGGAAAGAGCAAAGUAUCUUGACGAUUAUCUCGCGCGUACUGGCCAAACGAUUGGCCCACUUCAUGGGCUACCGAUUUCCCUCAAGGAUUGUUUUGUGACAGCAAACCAUCCCUCGUCCAACGGCAUAUGCGCAUACGCCAAUGAACCUCUGCAUAAGGAUGCCAUGUUGGUGACCAUCCUCCGUGACCUCGGUGCAGUGUUCUACAUCAAGACUAAUGUUCCCGUUGCAAUGAUGAUGGCCGAGACCAACAACAAUGUCUGGGGUGAGUGUCGAAAUCCUCUCCAUAAGUAUUUAAGCCCAGGUGGCUCCAGUGGCGGCGAGGGUGCUUUAAUAGCCAUUAAGGCCUCGCCACUGGGGAUUGGAACGGAUAUUGGCGGCAGUAUUCGGAUUCCAUCUGCGUGGUGCAAUCUUUAUGGCCUCAAACCCAGUUUUGGUCGUUAUCCACAUUAUGGCGCCAAGCCCGGUAUAGCCGGGCAAGAAUACAUCUUGUCGGUCAAUGGACCUAUGUCAAGAUCUUUGAAAUCCCUUCAAUUGUACUCUGAAGCCGUCUUGUCAGAACGAAGCAGCCCUUGGGAGUAUGAUCACAAAUGUAUUCCCAUCCCUUGGAGGAAAAACGUCAUUCAACCUCCCGGGCGAAAACUUAGAUUUGGUCUCAUUGGCAUCAAUGAUGGACUUGUUCAUGUUCAUCCACCAGUUGAACGGGCUCUGAAUAUGACCAAGGCAGCACUUGAGAGGCAAGGUCAUGAAGUCAUCCCAUGGUCUACAGAAGACCAUGAGGCCCUUGUCAAGAAUCUUCAAGCCGCAUUCUUCGACCUUGGAGGCACCGCGAUCAUGGAUGUGGUUAAGCCCUAUGGAGAACCAAUUUUCCCUUGUAUGCAAGGCUAUGCACUAGCCGCCGAGGCAGGCGAAGGCGAACUUGGGCCAACAAAAAUGCGAAUGAUGAAUCUUCGACGCAAUGAACUACAAAAGGCAUACCUCGAUCGAUGGAAUGCCACGGCAGCAAAUGGGAAGUCUCGUAUGGAUGGUAUCAUUUGUGCCACCGCUCCUUGGGCGGCUCCUCGACUGGGACAGACACAGACGAAUCUAUAUGUUGGUUUCACGGGCUUCGUUAACUUUUUGGACUUCGCCGCCUGCACCUUCCCCGUAACUUUUGCGGACAAGAACUUGGAUAAGGCGCGGGAUAUGAAGACAUUCAGACAAUUGACCGACAUUGACGGUAGAAUUCAAGUGGAUUAUGACCCAGAGUUCUAUCAUGGCGCUCCUGUAGCAUUGCAAAUAGUUGGGAGACGCCUGGAGGAAGAGAAAGUCUUGGAGAUGUGCGAGGUUAUCGCCAAUGCACUGAAGGCAGGUUGA